GCAUAACAAGUAUUAUCAAACAUCUCAAGAUCUCAACCUGUCGGUUGACUUAUGACAGAAUUCGUUAUUUAUGUUUAAUUAAUACUUUUCGAAAUGAAAUGUAGCAGUGUAGGACUUAAAAUAAAGAUUAUGUACAAUUUUCAAACACUUGUCUAAACUAAUUGUGCGUUUUAUAAUUUUAAAUAACCAGAGUACUCCUUGUGAAUAAGGAUUGAAUUUUAUUAGAAAAUGCAAUCUGCUUGUAGUCAUGUCAGUCUUAUACGAGAUGGCUGUGGAGCUAUAUCAUCUGCUCAAAAUACAAUGGAAACGGCACCAGUAUUUACUGCAAAAACAACAAAUACUCGAAAACCAAUAAUUCCUGAGCAUGAAAUAAAAAAUUUUGAUAUUGUAAAAGCUACUCAGUAUGGGUUAUUAGAUAGAUGUAUAGAACUUGUAGAGAAUGGAUUUGAUGUUAAUACACCAGAUCCUCAAAAUAUACAUUUGUUACAUUGGGCUGCUAUUAAUAAUAAAGUAGAUGUGAUCAAAUAUUAUAUAUCUAAAGGAGCUAAUGUAGAUGCAAUAGGAGGUGACUUACGAGCAACUCCUUUACAUUGGGCAACGAGACAAGGACAUUUAGCUACCGUUGUAUUAUUAAUGAGUGAAGGAGCCAAUCCCUGUUUUUUUGAUAUUGAAGGGCAUACUUGUCUUCAUGUUGCUGCACAAUUUGGAUUUACAGCAAUUGUAGCUUACAUGAUUGCCAAAGGAGUUGAUGUUAAUCUAAGAGAUAAAGACGGGAUGACUGCUUUAAUGUGGAGUUCAUAUAAAUCAUUAGGAGUGGAUCCUACCAAACUUUUAAUAACUCUUGGGGCAUCCAUGUCUAUACAGGAUGAUGUUCAUAGAAAUACUCCACUUCAUUGGGCUCUUAAUAGUCGGAACCCAACUGCCAUUAGUACUCUAGUCAUGAGAGGGUCUCCUCUUACAAUAAAAAAUUCUGUUGGUUGUACAGCUUUACAAGUACUAAAUGAAUCAAGGUCAGAAAUUUGGGUUGGUUUGAAUACAUUAAAAAAAAUUGAUGAGAUACUAAAACCAAAAAAUAGUUUAUUGAAGUCUAAUGAACAAACAAUAUCUAUUGUUGUAGUAGUUGCUGUGUUUUAUUUAAUUGGUAGUAUCUUAGACUCUCAUAUGUUAUAUGUAGUAAAAAUAUGUUGCAUAAUAGCAGGAUAUUUAAUUAUGUAUAAAUUAAAUCAAUCUUAUUCAGUUGUAUCAGAAACAUUACCAGUAUCGGUAUAUUUUGCCACUAAAUUUUGGAUGUAUUUUACAUGGAUAUUUUGGAUUAUGCCUGCUGUGGGUUUUUUAAGUUCUAUAUUUUUCUUCAUUGUUACUUCUUUGCUUUGCUAUAACUUUUUUUAUAGCUGGAAAGGUAAUCCAGGUUAUGUACCAAAUGAUAUAAACGAUCAAUAUGCAGCAAUUAUAGAACUAGCUGAAAGUUCUGGAUUCAGUUCAGAUAUAUUUUGCAGUACAUGUCUAAUUAAAAAACCAAUACGAUCAAAACAUUGUAGCGUGUGUAAUAGGUGUGUGGCCAAAUUUGAUCAUCAUUGUCCAUGGGUAAACAACUGUAUAGGAGUUAAAAAUCAUCAAUACUUUAUUGGUUAUCUUUUGAGUUUGGUAACAGCCUGUGUGUUAUUAAUAUAUGGUUGCAUAAGUUAUUUAAAAUUAGUCUUUUAUUUUAAUGAUGAAGCAGAUGAAGUUAAUUUUUUAGUUGCUACUUGGGAAAUGAUUAAACUAGACUCAUGGGUUGGGUGGGUCAUGAAUAAUGCCAUUUUGCAUUCAGUUUGGGUAACGAUAUUGUUAUGUUGUCAAAUAUAUCAAAUAAUUUGGCUUGGUAUGACAACAAAUGAGCGUAUAAAUGCAGCUAGAUAUGAACACUUUGUUCAAGAAGGUAAGAGCUACUUAAGUCCAUAUCAUCGUGGAAAGUUACUCAAUUUUUUUGAUUUUGUACAACUUCGAUUCUUACGUAAUAAAUGUGUUGAUAAUAAAGUGUGGUUCAAAUAUUAUGAUUUCAAUUUUUUUGUAGAAAAAGAACUAAAAUUACAUGUAAAAUAUAAUUCUGAAUAUGUUUGAAAUAUAGACCUAUGGAUUAUUAAGUAAUUUAAUUACAGUUACUUUAAGUCAAUCCUAUAUUUUUAUGUGAUUUUGUUAUAAGUGGCAUUAUAAUUUAAUUAUAAUGUAUUACAUAUUUAUGUAUAUGACAUAUUGUGUCCAGUGUAUAUACAUUUUUUGUAUACUCGUAGUGUAUUUGAGAUUUUAAGGAAUACUAUUCAAGAACUGACUGAAAUUUAAAUAACUUACUAACUUAUUUUUCAUUUAUUUAAUUAUAUUUAUUUAUGUAACUAUUGUUAAGAGAUUUGUUAUCCUAUAAAAUAUACUUAAACAUUGAUCAGGAAUAUUAUUAAAUAUAUUUGUAUGCUUACUUAAA